UUUCCAGUCGCGCCUAUUUAUUUUCACAAUCUUCUCUUUGAAAUUCAUUUUUUUUUUCAGACAGAACGAAGUAUCCAAUCCGUAGAGUCCGAUCGUCUCAAUUCAAUUGAGGUCCUGCUGGAUGUUGUUUCGGAUGCCUACGCCUUAUUAGAUUGAUGGUCUUUUCGUUCUUAGUUUUGGAUAUAUUCUGUACAAUAUGGAAAAAACACAGAAUAUCUUGGUUAUUUGGAGGGGAAGGAAGUUGAAUGUGGAGAUAAAUUCAGGUGCUACUCUCAAAGAUCUUGGACACAAACUACAGAAGUUGACUAAUGUAAAAGCCAAUACUAUGCGUCUCCUUGUACCACGUUCUUCUGAUAAAAGCUCAAAUAUGUUCAUUCCAUUCUCUGGGGAACACUCAAAUUUAAGCUUGCUCGAGUCUUCCAUUCUUGAGAAUAAGCCUAUUAGAAUGAUGGGUGUGUUCGAAGAUGAAGUUGAAGAGGUUCUACAAAAUGAAAAAGUUGACUUGAGGAUAGCUGGAUUUGAUGAAGAGGAAAGGAGACUGAGGCAGCGCAUGAUAGAUAGGCCCACAACUUCACUAAAACUUCCACAAGGAACGUGUAUCUUCUGUGAUUUCCGCACACUUCACAUUCCAGGAAUAGAGUUGUACCCUCCAGCUUCUGAGGCAUUGAGAAUAAUGCAUAUGCUUGCUGCUGAUCCAGGAAUUAUUGCUAUCAUGAACAAGCAUCGAUGGCGGGUAGGAGUUAUGACAGAGAUGGCUCCAGUGGGGUAUGUUGGUAUCAGUCCCAAAUGCAUUCUUGGUUUUAACAAGAAUCAAGGAGAGGAGAUAUCUCUGCGCCUUCGAACUGAUGACCUCAAGGGUUUUAGGAAAUAUGAGAGCAUUAAAAAAACUCUGUUACAUGAGCUUGCUCACAUGGUUUACUCUGAACAUGAUGCCAACUUUUAUGCUCUAGAUAAGCAGCUCAACCAAGAAGCUGCUAGUCUAGAUUGGACAAAGUCAAGAAGCCACACCUUGACUUCUGUCAGGCAUUCGGAACACUAUGAAGAGGAGUUUUAUACUGGAACCAGAAGUAGUAGUUCUCAAAAGCUUGGGGGCAAAAUGUCAGAUCACUUGGCCAGUGCCUGUGCAUCAUCAGUUGCUGCUGCCUACCGUCGUUUAGCUGAAACUUCCACCAACACCUCUGGGGCAUUUGAAGUCUGUGAAGAACCUGAUCCUGAUGAUUCUUUGGUAAAAGAACAUAUGCAGCCUGAAGUCCCCAAGGAAACUUGUGAGAAUCCUAGCAGUGAGCCUCAUCCUAAUCACAACUUGCUUGAUCAAAACAAGUUUGAGCCUGACCCCAAUGAUUCUCAAAGUGUUCAUGCCAUGGAUUUCAAACCUUAUUUGGGAGUUAACAGAAACAGAACUGAACUUGAGCCUGAUCCAGAUGAUCGUAAAGUGGCACAGUCCAUGCCUCAUAUGAGAACUGACAGGAAGUUGAUUGACUCUAAUAACUGUGAAGAACCUGAUCCUGAUGAUACGGAGGUGAACAGUGCUGCUCUAAAGAAUAAAGUGGUGGUUGAACUGGAUCGAGAUGAGAAUCAAGCAAAUGAGACUAUGGGUAAUGAGAGCCAGCUAACGAUGAACUGCAGAGAACCUGAUCCAGAUGAUUCUGAAUUUGGAAGGGUUAUCUUGGACUACAGAAACAGGGGUGAACCUGAUCCUGAUGAUUCUCAAGCAAUUAAAACUGUUGAACAUGAGGCCCAAGUAGGGAAGACUAUUGAGGAGCCUGAUCCUGAUGACGCUGAAGUAGAAAAGACCUCUUUGGAAUAUAGAGGCAACAGCAAACCUGAUCCUGGUGAUUCUCAUGCCAGUGAAGUCAUGCAGAUUGAGCCCGAUCCUGAUGACAAGGAAAACUCCAAUGAAAGUUCUAGAAUGCAUGCUGAUGAACCUGAUCCAGAUGAUCAAGAACUGCAGAGAAUUCAAGACCCUGUUUCUCUUGUAUGUACUCGUCUUCAGAAAGCCAUUGAAGUGCUGCGAUCUGAAGUUAAUUCGACAGAAGCUAAUUCUGUUCUUCAGACCCUUUGUAAGAUCGUUAGGAAUGUCAUUGAACACCCAGAUGAAAUUAAAUUUAGGAGACUACGGAAGGCAAAUCCCAUGUUUCAAAGGAACGUUGCAAAUUAUAAAGCUGCCAUGGAAGUUCUUUUUCUGGUGGGCUUCAAUGAAGAUGUUUUGUCUGAUGAAGUUGGGAGAGUGGAGACUUACAUGGUUCUGAAAAGGAAUGAUCCUGCGUUACUCUGGCUUGCCAAGUCCUCAUUGGAGAUGUGCAUUGCUUACUAGUCGUGGUCCUCCUGGAAGUGGUAAAGCCAAAUGUUGGAUUUGUACAAGGGAUCUCUUUUCUGUCUUUGUUGUACGUCAAGGUAGUAUGUAUUCUUUUCUUUGGGGUGGUAUCGGCGUUACAGGGUGCUGUGUGAAGUGUUGUAUCCAUUGUGCACGUCCGGUUACAGGUACUGUAGCCCUGAUUUGGAUGUAAUCCGAUUUGUAUGAUUCUGUAAGAAUUACUGUAGAUAAAGUGGACAGCAUUGUUUAUCUCAUUGACAUUUGCAUUUGGGUUA